CUCCGAGUCGGAGUCAACUCUCAGAACAAGUCAAACAUGCCUUCAAGCCUGACCCGAUAGCCUAUCCGAGCGUACGUUGUGUUCGUCAAUGCAGCAAGGCCUACCCAACUUGAUACGACAGAACGACUACCUUCCUUCAAUUGGUCUGGCUAAGGGAGACUUCUCGGAAUCAGAGAGCCCGAAAUUCGAAUCCCUGAGGCCUGAGGAGGGUCGGACCAGAAUCCUAGCUCAUAAUGGCUGCAUUUAGAAUUGAUUAGGAAACUAACUACGUCACCUAUAGCAAUGCCUUUCUCGCAUGCAUGGACACGCUGAAUCCAGUGCCAGGAUCGAUCUUCGAAUCUGGCGCCUGGACGUGUCACGUUCUAACGAUUUGGGGAGUACUGAUGGCAAGACUGGUGGCACUCAAAAACACCGACAACGCAAAUCAAGACACUCUUUUCACUGUUUUCGAUAUUUCCAAUGUCCAAGUCGCUUAUUGGGAGAGCAUCGCCCACCGUACCCUUUCCCACCUCAGGUCAAAGUUCAUCUGGCCACGGUUACCCUCUACUCGAGGAUGGCGUCAUUGCUGGAGAGACGCAAAUGGUGCCGAUACCCCCCGACUCAAUGUCAUCGCCUGCUCAGGCUGGGACAGCAUCGUCCGCCUCAGUCGUCCAUAACUCAGAACACCUUUCAGCUGGCCAUACACCCAAUGCUGACACUGUUGGAGAUAUAGGCGCCCGUAAUAAUAGCAGGCUCAAACUCUUCCUUAGGGGGCCACUGUCCCUCGACGAAAAAUUCGACUUAGCUUCACGUCGCACAGACACAUUCAAUGUUGUUAUUUGUGGAGAAACAGGAUCAGGUAAAAGUUCCUUGGUCAACUUGAUCGCUGGGACGCAAACGGCGCCGACGUCCUCCGAUAUCACGGGAUGUACAACUGCAACCACCGUAUACGAGCACGAUGUUGUGACUCAGGAUGAGACCGUAAAGGUACAGCUGUUUGACACGGCCGGCCUUGGUGAGGACUCUGAGGGAACGGUCCCCAAUAAGCUAGCUCAAAAUAUUUUGAAGAAGCAUCUUAAGACUCUUACGAAGAAAGGGGCCAUUCACCUUCUCAUGUACUGUGUGCAGCGCACGGGCGACAUUGGGGCGCUCCAGCGCAACUGCAAGUCAUUGCACUCUGCAGUGAAGGGACGAGUUCCUAUCAUCCUCGUCGUUACAGGCCUGGAAGGCCAGCAGCCAGAAAUGGAAGAGUGGUGGACGAAUAACGAGAAAACCAUCUCAGACCUCGGGAUGACCUUUGCUGGCCACGCGUGUAUUACCGCGCUGACCAUCAACGAGGAUGAUACAGAUGAGCUCAGGCAGCGCCGCGAACAGUCAUACCGUGCCGUCUACGACCUUAUCAAGCGGCAGUACACGCAGAAUGGAAUGGGGGUCCCCACUGGCAGCGAGAUUACUCCCGCAAGGAAGCACAAAAAUAUCGUGCUCUUUGGGGAGGCGGGUGCAGGUAAAAGUUCACUCGUCAACCUCAUGGCAGGGUCGGAGAUAGCGGUCACGUCGCUUAGCAUGCAACGAUGUACGUUGGAUUGGCAAGAGCACGCCAUCGAGUUCGAUGGGAAGCCCUAUAAGGUCUUCGAUACCAUUGGACUCGAGGAAUCGGGACUGGAAAUGAACGAGUACCUCGCGGCAGUCGCAAACGCAUAUACGUUCAUCAAGAGGUUGGAUGCAGAAGGCGGCGUCGACCUCCUUCUGUUCUGCGUUCGCGCCGGCAGAUUCACUGCUGCGCUUCAGAGCAACUACCGGUUCUUUCACGAUUUCCUCUGCCAGAAGAAGGUUCCGAUUGUUAUUGCGAUCACGAACCUCGAAAGAGAGCAGAGGAUGGAGGACUGGUGGGACCGAGAACACGCCAUCUUCCCCCGAUAUGAAAUACAUGUCGCUGGUCAUGCGUGCCUUACCGCCGCCAAUGGAUUGGAUGGCAGGCACCAGCAACUUUAUGAAGAAUCGCGCAUCGCGAUCCGCAAGCUUGUCAAGGACAAUAUCGCUGGCGAGCACCGUCAAGUAUGGACAGGAGGGAACAAUCUGUUUGUGUCGUUGGUGCGUGGGCUGAAGAACCUGAUUGUAAAGAAUCAGCGUGUGCGAAGGAUGAAUAUUACUGGUCAACUCACAAAGAGUUGCGGUAUGUCUCGAGAAACGGCAGUACUGUUGGCUGAUAUGAUUGCGAAAGGAGAGGUCAACGAAACAGCUUGACUUGUGUCUUGUUGUGCACUUCUGCUUGCAGAUCGUUUGAUGCAUGUCAUAUGUAACUAAAUUGUUUCUCA